GUUGUGGCGUUGCAAUUAAAUCCCAUUCAAAAUCCGCCGUGAAACCGCCUUCUCCACCUUAAAACCUCUCUCUCUCUCUCUCUCUCUCUCUCUCAAUUCGAAAUUCUCCCCUCUUCGAUUCUCUGAAAAUGGUGUCCAAGAAUACCCCGGCGAAGUGCAUCAGGGCGCACAAGAAUCAUCUCCGGCGAGGCCGGAAAAGGUCUCCGAUCAAGAAUCCGGCCACAGCCACCGUCGCGUCCGUCGUGGUCGCCUCCAUCAACAAGUCCCUCUACACCUGCCGCGGCCGCCUCGUCAAGUUCUUCUCCAAACUCAAUUGCAUUUCCGGCACCCCAAAGAAGAAAACCCCAAUCAGAAAACGGAGCAACUACCAGAUUCUCCAGAAACUCCCCCAGCCCGAUCUCCGGCGUGCUCUGUUCGAAAAUGACGAAAUUACCCUCCCGCCCCUCAUCGCCCCCGGAAAAAGCACAGUCUUUCUCGAUCUAGACGAGACUCUGAUCCAUUCCAGCACAAACCCACCGCCGGAAAAGUACGAUUUCGCCGUCCGUCCGGUAAUCGACGGAGAACGGGUCGAUUUCUAUAUUCUAAAGAGGCCAUUCGUGGACGAAUUCCUCGAAUCUUUAAGCGAAAAAUUCGAGAUUGUGGUGUUCACAGCUGGGAUAAAGGAGUAUGCCUCUCUGGUUCUGGACAAGCUGGACAAGAAAAACUUGAUUUCACACAGACUGUACAGAGAUUCUUGCAAGGAAUUGGACGGGAAAUUUGUGAAGGAUUUGUCUGAUUUGGGGAGGGACAUGAAGAGGGUUGUGAUCGUAGAUGACAACCCGAAUUCGUACGCGUUGCAGCCCAGAAACGCGAUCCCGAUUCGCCCGUUUAUGAACGAUCUUGAAGAUGGAGAGCUGAAGAGGUUAAUGGAGUUCUUUGAUGGGUGUGAUGGGGUUGAGGAUAUGAGAAUUGCUGUUCAGGAUUUUCUAUGUGAAGAUGGUGAUGACUGCAACAAUGUGCUGGUGGAAGUAUGAAUUUUUUUUUUACAGUCAAUUUUUUUUUUCUUGCAAUACUGUUUUCUAUUUGGGAUUUGAGAUUUGCUUGUUUUGUUUUUGUUUUGUUUUUCUUCCACUUGAAAUAUAUCUUCAACUGGUGAUGUUGAAUGCAAUGGGAAUCAAUUUGAAAAGCAAUGGCAAUUUGAAUAGUUAUUGUUUGAUUGAUGAAAUACACAUAUUAUAAAGCGAAUAGUGUUAG